AUGGAUAUUGCAAUAAUGAAUGAAACAGAAGAAGCUGCACUCGAUUUAGGUGGUGGUUCAACUCAAAUAACUUAUAAUCCAUCAUUAUCAAAUACAAGUUUAGCUGAAAAAAUAAAUUUAUUAUUAAAAGCACAACAACCAAUUGAACCGGAACAAAUCAAUACAUUUCGUGAUCCAUUACUUAAAAAAAAAGAAACAAAUGUCAAGAAUUGA